GUAAACAUGGCUACCACCCCUAACAACGCUCUGAGGAUCGUGUUGGUAGGGAAGACCGGAUGUGGGAAAAGUGCAACUGCAAACACUAUCCUCGGGGGAAAAGUAUUCGACUCUAGGGUUGCUGCCCAAGCUGUUACCAAAACUUGUCAGAAAGCAUCCCGGGAAUGGAAGGGGAGAGAGCUUCUUGUUGUUGACACCCCAGGCCUCUUCGACACCGAGAAGAGCCUGAACACCACCUGCAGGGAAAUCAGCCGAUGUGUCCUCGCCUCCUGUCCCGGGCCUCACGCCAUCGUCUUGGUCCUGCAGCUGGGCCGCCACACACAGGAAGAGCAGCAAACCGUGGCGUUGGUCAAGGCUUUGUUUGGGGAAGCAGCCCUGAAGUAUAUGAUCAUCUUAUUCACUCACAAAGAGGAGCUGGAGGACCAGAGCCUGAGCAAUUUUCUGGAGGGUUCGGAUGGAAACCUACGAAGCCUCCUGCAGGAGUGUGGAGACCGCUGCUGUGCUUUUGAUAACAGCAAAAACACAGAGCAGGCUGAGAAGGAAGCUCAGGUGCAGGAGCUGGUGGAGCUGAUAGACAAGAUGGUGCAGAACAACCAAGGGGCUUACUUUUCUGACCCCAUUUAUAAGGACAUAGACCAAAAGCUGAGACAACAGGAGGAAUACUUGAUGAAAAACUAUGCUGAUACAUUUAACAUGCAGAUUGAACAAGUAGAAGUGGAAUGUGCCCAUGAACCACCAGAAGAAAAGAUGAAAAAAAUAAAGUCGAUAACAGACAAGUAUAAUGAACAAAUGAAAAAUGUAAGGGAAGAAGCUGAGAAGAGUAUAUUGCAAGACGUUUUCGACAAGAUUAAAAACAUGCUUUCAAAAGUAUGGCAAAUGUUGUGGAAGUAA